CCUCACUGCACGCUCUGCAGCUCUGCACUUUGCUUUGCAGGAGGACGUGGCACAAUGACGGCAAAGAAGAAUCAGCCCUUGCAGAACGGAAGGGCCAAGGAGAACGUGCUGCAGCGUGUCCUGCAGCUGCCGGUGGUGAGCUCAACCUGUGAAAGCUUGCAGCGGACCUACAGCAGCACCAAAGAGAUCCACCCAAUUGUGGCCUCGGUGUGUGAGGUCUAUGAGCAGGGAGUGAAGGGCGCCGGCACCUUGGCCAUGUGGAGCGUGGAGCCUGUGGUACGCAGGCUGGAGCCUCAGUUCUCUGUGGCCAACAAUUUGGCAUGUCGGGGCUUGGACCACCUGGAGGAGAAGAUCCCAGCCCUUCAGUAUCCUGUUGAGAAGCUCGCCUCCAAACUGAAGGACACCAUCUCCACCCCCAUCCAAAGUGCCAAGAGCACCAUCGGGUACUCCAUGGACAAGAUCUUGGGGCUGGCGGUGGGUGGCUAUGAGACGACCAGAACCACAGUGGAGACAACAGCAAGGUACACGAGGAGCAACUCAGUGAGCCAGAUGGCAGCCGCCGGGAUGGACACUGCCCUGGGUGGGCUGGAGAAGCUGAUGGAGUACCUGUUGCCAGAAGAGGAGGAAGCAGAUCUGAAGCCCAAGAAGACCUGUAGACCAGCAAAGGUCUCCCAGCAGCAAUCCAGGAAAUACAGGGCUCCCAGUGCUCCCAGUGCUCCCAGCAGUGCUCCCAGCACUCUGGGCCGGAUUGGAGCCCUGGUCAGCACUGCCUCUCACCGUGCUUACCAGCACACCGUCCAGAACCUCCAGCGUGCCAAAGCCAAAGGACAGGAACUGGUCGUCUGGAUCCCCAUCUUGGGCAGUCUGGCCAAGCCAAGCCCACCUAUGGUGCCGCAGAGCCAUGGUGAGAGGCAGAGCACUGCGGGCAGCUGGAGGCAGAGCAGGGUGCCGGAGCACAAGCAGGAGAAGGCAGAGAAGAAGGACAGCCAUGCUGGUGAGGCAGGGGAUGGCCUUGGACUGGUGGGCAGUGUGGCUCACAACCUGCAGAGUGCCUGUGCCUCUGGCAUCUCCAGCAUGAAGAAGGUCCCUGCUGUGGCCUGGGACGCAGCAGAGGGGUUGAUCCUGUUCACACCCCGCAGGCUGUCCAGAGCCAUGGAGACGGUGGAUGCUCUGGGAGGGGCGGUCAUCAGUGCCCCUAAGCACCUGCUGGGCAGCCUGUACAGCUACGUGCCGCUCCGCAGGCAGUCCAAGGACGAGGCGGCAGCGCGGGGCAGCAAGCCGGGUCCUGAGGCCGAGCAGAAGGAGGAGGAGAGCAAGCCAGAGGGCACCAGCGCCGAGGAGAAGGCCCAGCUGAGGGGUGACUGGCGGCUGUACCGCGGCCACCACCCGCUGUCCUUCCUGGGCCUGGAGGACCCUCUCUUCAUACGCAGCAAUCUGUACCGCAGCUCAGCCCUGGAGCCCGAGGCUGUGCCGCGGAAAUCGGCCUUCGCGCCCUACAGCCGGCGCGUGAGCGAGGGCUCCUACCGCUUCAGCCCCGAGGCCAUGUACAGCCGGGCCUACUAUGCCAACCUCUACAGCCCAGCCUUCAAGAAGGAGUGACUCUGAGCAGGAGAACCUCGGCCCCAAACUGCCCCCAGCACGCUUUGCCUUCAUAUACCUACAUCCCACAUCGCCUGCUUACCCACAUCCCCAACAUGGCACAGAUACGGUUGUCCAUCUUGGGUUGUCCAUCUGUCCAUACGUGGUUGAGGGUCCCUGCUCUGCUCCAGGCUCGGUGACAGCUGUGCCAGGGGAUGUCCCCUCUUUGGGGCCAAGAGGAGAAUAAAGGCAGCCCAAGGGGCUGCUGGUGGAAAAGUAGAUAGAGAAGAGGGGAUGAGUGAAGGAGAAACAGUGAAGGAGAAAAAGGGACCAGCCAGCUCUGACACUGGGCCAGCUGCUGCUCAUUAGAGAAGCAGUGUCAGACAGGUGAGGUACAGAGCACUGAGACGGACCGGAGGGAACACAACCAUCAAACAUUGCAGAACAUAGAAUCAUCACAGAAUUGCUUGAGUUGGAAGUGACUUAAAGCCCAUCCAGUCCCACCCCCCUGCCAUGGGCUGGUUGCCCCCACCAGCUGAGGCUGCUCAGGGCCCCAUCCAACCUGGCCUUGAGAACCUCCAGGGAUGGGGCACCCACAGCUCGGGGCACCCUGGGUCCUCAUCCUUCUUUCCACAGUUUUGGGGUCAGAGACAAGACCAGAGCA